UCAGUAGACACAAGAUAACAUUUGUGAGAAGUUUAUUCAUCAGAUUGAUCAUUGAGAGAGAAACCACCAUGGCUGAAGCAGCUCUAAUCAGUGGAUUGCUUUCAAACUUGUCACCUCUACCUCUGAUUAAGGAUGAAUUCUCGUUGCUUUGGAGUUUUAAGAAGGAGGUUCAAAAGCUAUCCAGCACGCUAUCUUCGAUUAGUGCCGUUCUUGAGGAUGCAGAGAGAAAGAAGGACAAGGACAAACAAACGGAAGAUUGGUUGCGGAAGCUCAAAGAUGUGGCGUACGAGGUUCGAGACAUCAUGGAUGACUGCACCUAUGAAGAUCUUCGUCUUCAAGUCAACAGGCGUAAUGCCUCUUCUUCAACCCGGAUCAAGGUAACCAACUCAAUAACCCAUCCUUUUAUCAGUACUUGGACACGUCUAAAAGUUGGUCACAAAAUUAAGGAUGUUCAAGAGAAGCUUAACCAAAUUUCUUCAGAGCGCCAAACGUUACAUUUGCGUGAAUCUAUUCAUGACAAAUUUACUAGUCGUUGGCGUGAAACCAUAUCUCUUUCUAGUUGUAAUAAAGUAUAUGGGAGAGAUAUGGAGAAGAAAAAGAUUAUUGAUAUUCUGGUCAAUAAUACAUCUGGUGCUUGUGUUGAUAAAAAACUAUCUGUUCUACCCAUUGUUGGAAUUGGGGGUCUUGGUAAAACAACACUUGCCCAAACGGUCUUCAACGACGAGGAGAUUGCUAAGCAUUUUGAAAUCAAAAUCUGGGUUUGUGUUUCUGAUGAAUUUGAUAUUCAACUGGUGAUGAAAGCCAUCUUAGAAGAAGAAAAGGCAGAAGCACGCUCAGAAGAAUUGCAGAAAAAAGUUAGAGAGAAAUUGAGCGGGAAAAGAUAUUUAAUUGUAUUGGAUGAUGUUUGGAAUGAAAAAUUUGAUGAAUGGGAUCGGUUGAGAUCUAUCUUGGACUGUGGAUCAAAUGGUGCGUUUGUCCUUACCACGACACGAAAAAGAAAUGUGGCAACAAUUAUGGAAACGAUUCAUCAUAUUCAGAUAUCAUUGCUCUCUGACGAGGAUUGUUGGCUACUCUUUGAAGAGCGUGCAUUUAUGUGUGGGACACCAAAAACUCCAAACUUUGUUGAUAUUGGAAAAGAAAUAGCUAAAAAAUGUAAGGGUGUUCCCUUAGUUGCCAAGACAUUUGGAGGUCAAUUGAGCUUCAAAAGUGAUAUAAAUGAAUGGUCUAAAAUAAGAGAUAAUGAGGUAUGGAAGACAUCUCAAAAUGAAAAAGAAUCUGAUCUCUUGCCUAUUCUAAGGUUGAGUUACUAUGAACUCCCUUAUCAUUUUAGAAGAUGCUUUGUGUUUUGUGCUAUAUUUCCCAAGGAUGCUAAAAUUGAAAAGGAGAGAUUAAUCCAAUUGUGGAUGGCUCAUGAUUUAAUUCCUACAGUUAAAAACCAAGAAGUGGAAGAUAUUGGGAAUACAAUUUGGAAAGAGUUGUGUUGGAGAUCCUUUUUUCAAGACGAGAAAUUAGAUUGUUUUGGAAAAGAGAUAUGUAAGAUGCACGAUCUUAUGCACGAUCUUGCCCAAUCUGUUAUGAAAGAUGAAUGUUAUAGGUUGGAUGCUAACAGCUCAAAUGAUGGUUUAAAACGAGAAAUUCGUCAUGUAAGGGCAAUAUUUGAUGAAUUUGUCAAAAUAUCAACUCAUUCUCUUAAGAAAAUUGGAGGGUUGCAAACGCUAAUAUUCAUCAAAGAGAGAAAUGAUAAAAAUGUCAUAAAGCGGAUUUCUUUGAGUGUCUUGAAGAAGGAACUUCCGACUUUACGCGUCCUUAAACUGGGGUGCUACUAUGUGCAAUAUCAAGAUUUGCAUUACCUGGGAUGUCUAAAACAUCUGAGAUAUUUAGACAUUUCGGGUAAUAAAGAGAUAACAACAUUACCGGAUAGUAUUUGUGAUCUCUUGAACUUACAGACUUUGAAACUCAAUGGUUGUUCUAAGCUUGAAAAUUUGCCCAGAAAUACGAAAGACCUUAUUAGUCUGCGACAUCUUUAUUUGGAGGGGUGUGAUGGAUUAAAAUGUAUGCCUAGAGAGAUGGGGCAAUUGAAACAUCUGAAGACGUUAAGCUUGUUUGUCAUAGGCAUGAAGGAGAAAGACGGUCAACUAGAUGAAUUAAAAGAAUUGGAUAUCUGCGGAUCAUUGACAAUUAAGAAUCUUGGGAGAGUUAGUGAUGCAACUAUUGCAAGAAGGGUAAGUAUGGCUAAAAUGUCGAGUAUCAAUGAGUUGGAGUUGUUCUGGAGAUCUGAUGAUGAAGUUGAUGAUAAUGAGAGCAAGAGUACUAGAGAUGAGAAAAUUGGUGAAGCUCUAGAGGUUUCAACGAUGCUGAAAACAUUGAUGAUGUAUCGUUACAAAGGUGUGAAUCUCCCAAAAUUGGUGUCUCCUACUAUUCCUAGUGCCGGAGUAUUUCCUAAUCUAUCCGAGCUGAUGAUAUCUGAUUGCCCAAAGCUAGGGAGAUUGCCGCCCCAUCUCAAAGCACUCAAAGAUGUAACUGUUUGGGGUGAAUGUUCGGAUGAGUUGUUAUAUAGCAUCUCAAAUCUCAGUGCUCUCACUCAUCUCACUCUUGUUUUUAUGAUAGAAAGAAGUGUUUUAUUUGGAGCUGGUUAUAAGGCAUUAAUGUUUGAUGAUGAGAUACCAUCAACAUCAUCAUCGUCAAAUAAUAAUAGUGAAGCACAAUUAAGAGGAGGAGUACGCUCAACUUUCCAAUCUCUUCAAUCUCUGCAUAUUAGUUACUGCUUCAAUUUAAGGCGUUUGUUUGAUGAGGGAAUGAUAUCAAAGAUUAGUGGCUGCCAGAACAAACACUUCAUCAACUCUCUCACGGAAUUGUGGAUUAUAGAUUGUCCGGAGUUGAUGAUAUCAGUUGAGGAAUUUGUUGGAAACCUCAAUAUUAAUAAUAAUUCACUACAGAGAUUGUAUAUUAGCCGUUGUCCUAAGUUGGUGUCUUCAGAAGAAGCGGACGAUGUUAUCGCACUCCUGCGUUCCCUUCGAACCAGACUUUGUCCUAAGAUGUUCCAUUUAGAUAUUCUAUUGGGAGAGGAACAGAAGAAGAAGAAGAAGAGUCAAAUUAGAAGGACGCGUAGAAAGGAUCCUUUGUAUGAUUUCAAGUAGGAUGUUGGAAUAUCACCGAUUCACAAUACUUCAGUCAGUAGGCUAUUCUGCAGCAGUCACACUCACGAUAGAGUUGGAAGCAUUUAUCCUAUUUGAGGGUCAAGCAUACAGUGAUAACUUAAAGGAGUAGAAGACUCAUCAAAGAGAUGAAAAAGAGGCUGGAAUUGCUUCAGAAGGAGGACAUGGAUAUGUUGGAAAAGGGUUGAAACACUGAAGCAAGAACUCGAAGGGGAGAAGCUUAAAUGCAACUAAGCAAAUCGUUAAAGGCUUGUACACAAUAUUCAUUCUUUUUUUAUCCCUAGAACAAAGGCGAGAUGAUUCAUUUGAACCCUAGUUAUGUAAGGAGGAAUAGAAGAAGGAGAAGAAGAGUCAAUUUCAGGAAGUGAUAAUCAGCAAAUGGUAGUCUGGAGGGAGUAUCUAUAGACAUGUAGGGUAAUACCUUAGAAAUAAUCAUUUUCACGUAACACUAAUCCUCCUUUGAGCUGCACAAUUAUUUAUAUUUAAAUGCAAUAUAUUUAGUGUCC